AUGCCCACCAACGGGAUUAACAAGGCCUUGAAGUUGCAGUUUGGCCUCAUCAACUAUGAGAACCGCUACCUGACAGCAGAGGCCUUUGGUUACAAGGUGAACGCCUCAGGAAACAGCAUGAAGAAGAAGCAGAUCUGGACGCUGGAGCACGACGAGCACGACGGGCAAGUGGUGUUCCUGCGCAGCCACCUGGGACGCUACCUGGGCUCGGACAAGGACGGGAAGAUUUCAUGUGGGGCGGAAAAAACAGAGGCCGAGUGUAGGUUUGUCAUUGUGCCCCAGUCUGACGGUCGCUGGGCCCUACAGUCAGAGUCAUACCAGCGUUUUUUUGGAGGGUCGGCCGAUUAUCUCUCCUGCUUUGCUCAGGUCAUAGGGGAGCAGGAGCUGUGGGCAGUUCAUUUGGCACUUCACCCACAAGCCAGUUUGCUCAGUGUUGCACGCAAACGCUACGCCCAUCUGUCCGCCACAGAUGGGGAGAUCUCGGUGGACAGUAACAUCCCCUGGGGAGUGGACUCGCUGGUCACCUUGGUGUAUGCCGACGGCAAGUACAACCUAAAGACCUGCGACAGUCGCUUCCUCAGCAACGAUGGGAAACUGGUGAAGGAGAGCAGCAGCAGCACGAGCUUCACGCUGGAGCUCAAGUCGGGGAAACUGGCCUUCAAAGACUGUGAGGGGAAGUAUCUGAGUCCUGUGGGGCCCACCGGCACGCUCAAGUCCGGACGCUGCUCCAAACCGGGGAAAGAUGAGCUAUUUGACCUGGAGGAGAGUCACCCACAAGUAGUCUUUCAAGCUGCCAAUAAACGAUUUGUCUCAGUCAAACAAGGAGUGAGCAUUUCGGCCAAUCAGGAUGUGGAGACCGACUUGGAGACCUUUCAGAUGGAAAUCGACAAAGAGAGUAAAAAGGCCAUAUUCAGGACUAAUGGUGGAUCUUACUGGACCCUGGUGACUCACGGAGAGAUCCAGUCCACUGCCACUGAAACAGAAGUAAACACUAUGUUCGACAUCGAGUGGAGAGGUCAGAGAGUGGCCCUGAAAGCCAGCAACGGGAAAUACAUCUGCACCAAGAAGAACGGGCAGCUGUCUGCAGUCAGCGACUCUGUUGGUGAUGAUGAGUUGUUUCUGAUGAAGCUCAUAAACCGGCCCAUCCUCAUCCUCCGUGGAGAGAAUGGCUUUGUGUGUCACCACAAGAACUCCAACACACUAGAUGCAAAUCGAUCUGUGUACGACAUAUUUUCAUUGAUUUUCAGCGAUGGAGCGUACCACAUAAAAAGUGCAACUGGGAAAUACUGGAACGUGUCCAGUAACGGCCUGGUGGCUUCAGACGGAGACAAUCCUGAGGAGUUUUUCUUGGAGUUUGUAGAACACGGACGAGCCGCCAUCAAAUGCAGCAACGGGAAAUACCUGCGUGGAGACCAGGGCGGUACUCUGAUGGGUGACGGUGCUAACGUAGAUGCUAUGUCCAUGUGGGAGUACUGA